GUCAAAACAAAAAUUCUGCCGCGAAAAAAAUAAUCUUUUUAUUUACUUUUUUACCAUUAAAUACUUAACUGCUGGAAUAAUUGCCUCCUAACUAUGCGCCGUAACUGGAGAGGUCGUUAUAGAAACAACUGGUACAGACAGAACAGGCCAAACAGUUCUGCCGGCGCUGACAAUAGAAGCCUGAACAAUUCGUCAUCUUCAGCUCAAAUAUCCAGUGCUGCUAGCUCCUCGCGAGCUCCUGCAAAUCAGCUGCCCAUUUUCAUAUCACCUAACAAUGAGAAUAGUUUGUGGCGAUUAUAUUUCCCUUCAGAAGAGUAUCCACCGAACCCAGAGUUAUCAGAACACAUAAAUUGUUUUAAAACUUUCAUUGAAAAGAACCGAAGUUUAUUUGAUCUGGAGAAGAUAGAUCAAACACGGAGCGUACCAUUAGAUGUACAAAGUCUUGUUAACGAUGCUGAUUUCAAUUCCAACUGGCCUACAUUUAGCACGGAUUUAUUUGAAAAACCAGAAGUUACACUAAGGUUGUUAGAGUAUUGUUUGCAUCAGAGCUUAAAAUGUGAAUCCAAGAUUAAAGUUAGAGUGCUAAAUCACCAGCCGGUUAUUCCACUGAAUAACUUAAAAGUGAAUUAUUUUGGUAAAUUAGUAACAAUCAAAGGUACGGUCAUCCGUGUGGGCAGCGUCGGUCUGAUAUGCACUUCCAUGGCCUUUGAGUGCUCCAGUUGCCAUAACAUCCAAGCUGUGGUUCAACCACAAGGUGUAUUUACAGCACCUACUGUAUGCCAAAGCUGCCGUGGAGGAUCUAGGUUUGAUCCCAUACAAUCGUCACCCUUCACAAAUACCACUGACUGGCAGGUGGCUAAGAUCCAAGAAAUUCAAUCACAAGGUAUUUCUGGAACCAUUCCUAGAAGUGUCGAAAUUGAAUUGCAAGGCGAUUUGGUCGGCACGGCGUGUCCCGGAGAUGUUUUGUCAGUCACUGGUAUUGUUCAGGUUCGCGGAGAGAGUAAAGGCGGCGAAGACGGCAAAAGAGCCGCGAGACUUCUACAGCUGUACAUAGAGGCAGUAUCGAUACACAGCCAGAGGAAUCUCAGCAACCCCACACUGUCUUUCACGCUGAAGGAUUACUAUGCAAUACAGGAAAUCCACGGAUCAGAAGAUGUAUUCAGAUUGCUAGUGCACUCCUUAUGCCCCACUAUAUUCGGGCACGAAGCAGUGAAGGCUGGUCUGAUCCUGGGCCUGAUAGGGGGCACGGAAAUUGACAACGGGACGAGGUCUAACCCCCAUGUGUUAGUGGUUGGAGACCCGGGCUUGGGGAAGUCUCAGUUGCUGCAGGCAGCAGCCCAUGCGGCACCUAGAGGGGUGUACGUUUGCGGCGCUUCAGCAUCGGCCGGCGGGCUCACAGUGGCCUUAGGCCGCGAGGCGGGCGGAGACUUCGCGCUUGAAGCAGGCGCCUUGGUACUAGCCGAUCAGGGAGUGUGCUGCGUGGACGAGCUUGAUAAGAUGUCAGCCCACCACAGCAGUCUUCUAGAAGCGAUGGAGCAGCGUCGUGUGAGCGUGGCCAAAGGCGGAGUAGUGUGCAGUCUCGCCGCGCGAGCCACCGUGCUCGCCGCCGCCAACCCGCAGCACGGCAGCUAUAAUAGGGCAAAGACCGUGGUAGAAAAUUUGAAAAUAAACUCUGCUUUGCUGUCCCGAUUCGACUUGGUUUUCAUCCUGUUGGAUCAACCAGAUGAGAAAAUCGACGCGAUGUUAUCGGAACACGUUUUAGCUUUGCAUAGUGGUCAGAAGAGAAAAAGUUCUUCAAAGGCUCUAAACGUUAGCAUAAAUACAAGCCAAUAUGACAGUGAUGCGUCGCUAAGUACACGAUUACGGCUGAAACCUGGUGAAGUUAUCGACACCUUGCCAUUAGUUCUGCUUCGAAAGUACAUAGCGUAUGCCAGGAGGUAUGUCCAUCCGAAGCUGAGUACCGAAGCAGCAAAUGCGUUGCAAGAAUUCUACUUGGAACUCCGUCAUAACCAUCAAGGUGGUUCUCAAGAUGGGACGCCCAUCACUACAAGGCAGCUAGAAGCUUGCAUUAGGCUUACACAGGCGCGUGCAAGAGUAGACCUAAGAGAAGAAGCUACUGUAAAAGACGCGAACGACGUCAUAAGUCUCAUGAAACACAGUUUGAUGGACACAUUUAGCGACGAAUUUGGGAAUAUUCAGUUGUCAAGAUCCAUCAACGGUUCAGGAGUCAGCUCUAGAAGUAAACUAAAGAAAUUUUUGGACGUCCUCACAAGAAGAGCUCAUCAACUAGGAAAAGAUGUUUUUACAAGGCAAGAGUUAAUACAAAUCCACAAGGCGGCCGGUAUACCGGGUGAUGCAGGAGAGCUAAUUGAAGCAAUGCACACACAUUGCUAUUUACUCCUCAAGAGUUCUAAUACAUACCAACUUAUAGGAUUAUAAGAUUUAAUGUGAUUAUUUACUUGUUGAAUAUAAUAAUAUUUUCGUUACAAACA